CAACGCCCGAUUCUGCUCACUCUCUAGCAGACAGCUGUCAAAGCUUCCUCAGUGUGUAUGUGUGUGUGGACUGACACAGAGCACACAGUCUUGCUGUUAACUUUGUCUCGUUUAUCAAGCUCUGGUUGCAGGUGACUGGCUCAGACUGAGUUGUUCUACACCAGUUUUGGAUUUGUGUUAGAUAAGAUAAGGGUUGACUAGAGGAAAUAAAGGAAAAUUGGAAAUAAGGAGCCAGAACCAUGUCUAAAGAGGGGGACAGGCAAUCUGUUUUUCGUUCAACAAAGAUUCGUACUGCACUGAAAGGAGACAGCAGCUGGAUCCAACGAGGCAAUCCGCCUGAACAAGAGGAAGAGGAUGAAAAACCAUGGCUUGCAGAGGUGCGUGCACGUCGGCUCAACAGCGACUUCACCGAGCCCAUAGAUAAUAAAACACCACCGGAACCAGAAACUCAACCCUCAGCGAGUGUAGACAGCAAUUCCAAAUCAUCUGGAUACCUGAUCAGGGGUGUUUUCACAAAGACUGACACCAAGGCAGCUUCAUCAUCCUCUAAUGGCUACAUGGGAAGUUCUGGCUUCGUCAAAAAGUCCUCUGAAGGAUACAAGAAAAUAGCUCCGCAUACUGUUCGCUCGACCGUGGAGAAAACAGAGACAUUGGAGCCAUCGCUCAGUUCAGAUGAACAGGAGAAGAGGACAAUGGCAGCCAGCAAAACGCUGAACAGCUCAGCAGGAAGACAGAAAUCAUACGUGAUGUCAGCUGCAAAGAAAUAUGAGUCAACUCCAGGGACAACAGACAGCCCUGCCUCAUCAACCACUGAACCAGCUUUCAUUGCUAAAAGAGUGGUUAUCGGUGAAGAAGACGACACUGGCUCUUUUCAACCAUCCACCCGGGUGUCUCCUCCUAAACAGAGUGUGGAGAUGAGCGUUGAUGAGCUGACAACUCCAGAAUCCUCAUCAAAACUGAAAACCAGCACCAAAUCAGAACCCACAACUAAACAAAGUGACACCAAGAGCACGUUCUCUGAUACCCUGCUUUCCACCACCGAAUCCAUCAGCAAGAAGACUGCUGCUGAAGUCCGUUCUCCUGUUCCAGAGACAAAAACAGUCUCCAAACCUGAGCCCAGUCCUACUAAAACAAGCACUGUCAAUGAGAAGGUUUCUCAGGCCACUCCAGUUGCCCCAGUUGCUCCAGUUACCACAUUGAAGAAAUCUGCAACACCUGAACCCAAGCCAGAUUCCACUCUUAAAGCAAGCACCACUGAACCAGUCGCUCCAGCCAUUCCAGCGGUAAAGGAUAUCCCAUCUAAAACACCUGAAACCAAGCCCAAAGCAGAGACCACACCUAAACCAAGUAUCACCCCAAAGCCUGUUGAGAAGACCAGUGCCUUGAAUGAUAAUGAUCUUCUGGAUCUGACAGGGAGCGCUCCAGGGAAUUUGGUGGACCCCAUGCCACCCAGCACUGAUCUGCUAACAGGAGGAGUUCUACCCAAGACAGAGAAGGCCAAAAAGUCUUUGGAUCUGCUUGCAGAUGAUAUCAUUCCAUUUGACACCAGUACUGACAAACUAAGCAGUGAUAAAACAUCUACCAAAAUUGAGAUAUCCAAAACUGUGGUGCAGACCAAGAAAGAUGUAAAAAGCACUUCAAUGACAUUGGUGGACCCUGUUCCCACCACCACUGACUUGCUGGCAGGAAGAACCAAGACAGAGAAGACCAAGGGAUCUCUGGAUCUGCUUACAGACGAUAUGCUCCAAUUUGACAACAAACCAAGCACUGAUAAAACAACUACCAAGACUGAGAUAUCACAAACUGUGCAGACCAAGAAGGAUGUAAAGAGCACUCCAAUGACAUUGGUGGACCCUGUUCCCUCCACCACUGACUUGCUGCCAGGAAGAACCAAGACAGAGAAGACCAAGGGAUCUCUGGAUCUGCUUACAGACGAUAUGCUCCAAUUUGACAACAAUACUAACAAACCAAGCACUGAUAAAACAUCUACCAAGACUGAGAUAUCACAAACUGUGCAGACCAAGAAGGAUGUAAAGAGCACUCCAAUGACAUUAGUGGACCCUGUUCCAACCACCACUGACUUGCUGGCAGGAGGCUCUUUGCCCAAAACAAAGAAGACUACUGAAACAUUGGACCUGCUGGCUGAUGAUAUUAUCCCCUUCGACACCAACAAGGACAGACUCAGCACAGACAAAACACGGAGCAAAGUGGAGACAACGACAACCGUCAUAGAGACGAAGACAGUCAAGACGAGCUCUGAUGAUCCAUUCGAUCCGUUUCCGAUAGUGAGAGAGUCCACAAAGAGCUCUGUAGAAUUCUUUGAUCCUCCUCUGUCCGACAGCAGAAACGGCCAACAGCAGACAGUUUCAGUCACAUACAAGCAGACUAGGUCCACUAAAACUAGCUCGCCAUGGGACAAAUGGGAGGUUCCCCCUGUAGACAUCACACAAGAGGAAAGUGAGCCCAAGCCUGAGCCAGAACCAGUGGAUGACAGUUACAGUUCCUACACCAUAACAGAAGAAAGCAGUUUCUCAGAGCCUGACAAAACUAAAAAGAAUGUUGUCUAUGUUAAAUCAUAUGUGAACUCCUCUGAGCCACCCAGAUACAGCAGUAGCAGAUACGACACUGACUAUGAUUAUGUGACCUCGAGCUCCAGCAGUUAUGCAUACAGCAGCCCCUCCAGCAUGGUGACCAUGACCUCCUGCACGUACUGCGGCAAGCUCGUAGGAAGCGACUCCAAGAUCACCAUUGACCACCUCAACAUCUCCUGCCAUCCUGAAUGCUUCAAGUGUGCAGUCUGCAGUAAACCAAUGGGUGAUUUCCUCCACAGUAUGUUUUUGCACCGUGGGAUGGUCCACUGCGAGAACUGUUAUUCUAAUGUCAUAUAAGCCGAGGUUGUUUUGACGUACUUUCUGCUUCAUUACUUUGGUGAAUGUUAGUAACAGAGACGGAUUAAUUCCUGAGAUUUGAUAUGUUCACAAGGUAACAUUCUUGGAGGAUAGAUUCUUCUUCUGUGUAUUUGCUUUUGUCUUAUUGUGAGAGGUGCCUUAAAAUCAGCAUCAGGUUCGUGUGGUUAAGUGGGUUUUCACUUUUUAUACAAUUUACAAGCUUUAUUUCAUCUUAAAUUUAAUAUUACAAAAAAAAAGGGUCUCCUUUGUUGUUUGUUCUUCAAAGUAUAA